CAGGUUAUGACCCGGAUAUCCCAGGAUACGAAAGGUACGAAAUGAGAGUGGAUCAUUCCAAAUCAGCGUAUACAUUAUUAGUGCAUAAAGCUCAGCUUGAUGAUGAAGCGGAGUUCCAGUGCCAAGUUGGCCCCGGAAAAAAUGAAAAGCCCAUCAGAUCAGUAGCCCGACUUACUGUUUUAGUUCCACCAAAGCAUUUGUCAAUCAAUGACUUAGAAAAUGGGACAGAAAUCGAAGUAAGAGAAGCGGAAAAGUUGGUUCUCCAUUGCCAGGCCGUCUCAAGUAAACCUGCCACUAUUCUCAAAUGGUACCGAAAAAACAUCGAACUGAUGCCAGAGGCAUCUCGAACGACUGUAAGGAGGGAAGGAGAAAAGUUGUAUUCUACCCUCAGCUCGGUAACUCUUUAUCCUAAAGGUGACACCAGUGGUUCUAUGUAUACAUGCGAAGCACUUCAUCCAGCACUCGAAAAACCACUUAAAGCUACUGUGUGUGUUGGGGUCCUCUAUCCUCCUCAACCUCCGAAAAUCAAUGGUUAUCACGAAGGAGACGUUAUUCAUGUUGGAGAUCAUUUGACACUUGUCUGCUCUUCCAGUGGAGGGAAACCACGAGCUCGGAUUGAGUGGUUUCGCAAUGGCGAGGUCGUGGAAGGCAACUCCUCCAUCCUCGGCCGAGAUUCCAGCAACACCAUAUCGUUUCGUGUGCGUGACAUUGACAAUAAUGCGGUUUAUAGCUGUGCAGCCUCCAAUCCCUUAACACCGAGACCUCUUGUUACAUCCAUCACGCUAUCUGUCGUGUUUCCACCCAAACGUGUUGUUAUUGAAGGGCCACUCGAAGCACACAGGGGAGAUUCUGUAAUGUUGAGCUGCCGGUCUGAUGUCAGCAACCCGCCAGCAAAGUUGAGAUGGCUAGUGGAUGGUGUAGCUUUCGACUCUCCCGAUACAGCGUUUACUGCUGAACAUAAUGGCUGGUAUGUGACAUCCAAUCUCACAGCCAUAAUCACCAGGCAGGACAAAGAUGUGAAAGCAUUUACCUGCAUUGCUCACGGCGCACCAGAGCACGAAAACGUCUUCCAAACUUUCAAUGUGUCCAUAUUUUAUCCCCCAGGAAAUCCUGAAAUAACAGGGUAUGAAGAUGGCUCAGAACUUAGGGAGAGUGAUCAUCAGAGAUUCACAUGCUCAGCAUCAGCAGGAAAUCCGCCGGCUGAUCUUAGAUGGUAUAGAGGCGACGUAGAGGUCUCAAGUGUGACCAGCGUGAUAUCAGGUCAUAUAUCAAGCAUCCUUACACUUGAAAUUGAGGUUUCGGACAAUGAAAUAAUACUGAGAUGCGAAGUAAAUAACAGUGCUGUCACAGAACCUCUGACUGCUGAAGUAAAACUGAAUGUUAUAUUUCCUCCACCAAAUGUAACAAUAUCUAUCGAUCCUCCACAACCAAGAGAAGGAGAUACGGUUCGUCUGGAAUGCUGGUCUGGCAGCAGUAAUCCUGCGGCUUCUAUCUUCUGGUGGAAAGACGACACUCUUCUCAAAGAUCAGAACCAAGUCGAGACAACAGACUCUUUUUAUGGAGGAUCUUCUACACGCAGUCGGCUAAGCUUACCACUUUCUUCUACAGAUCACGGAAGUCGAUUCACGUGCGAGGCUAAAAACGACGCUUUUCAACGAUCUGUUCAAGAGCAGAUAACUCUUCAUGUUUUGUUUGCUCCUGUAUUUCUGACUUCUGGGAAAGUUGUCGAAAUGAUUGAAGGUCGGUCUGGAGAGGUAAAUAUGACAGCAAAAGCCAAUCCGGAAGUCUAUAGAUACAGAUGGACAAAAGAAGGCGUUCCAAUUCCUGACAGAAGAGAUAGUUAUAAACAACCUUCGAGUGUUAGUGCUGAUGGAUCUGUUUUGUAUUUCACUCGUGUCUCUCGACACGAUUCAGGAGCAUAUACUUGUGUUGCCCAAAAUUUGGAAGGUUCAGCUAGUGCUACCCUUACCCUUAACGUCUUAUAUCCAGCAACUAUUUACAACAUUUCAGCCAGCACCGAAGUAGCAGAAGGUGAAACUGCCCAUCUAGAAUGUUCGGCUGAUGGAAACCCCUUAACUGAAGAUACUAUUACUUGGAAAGGAACAGACAUGCGUCUGUUAACUUUCACCAAUGAACUAGGCCAUUCCAUACUAACGAUUUUAAAUGCCUCUAGGAAAGAUGCCGGUGUGCUUGAAUGUGUGGCUGAUAACGGGAUUGGUUUGCCUUCAGUCCGAUCGACAAAGCUAGUUGUGCACUAUCGACCAUUUAUUUUAAAGAAGCUUCUCCAACGUAGGGUCGCCGCUGGGGAACAAGAUUCCGUCGAGCUUAAGUGCAUUGCUGAAGGCUAUCCUGGAAUUACAUUUUCAUGGUCUUUCAAUGGAUCGACCAUAAUGUCCGGCCAUAUGGACAUCACAAAAUACAGGGUACAUCAAAAACAAAAGUAUGAUAACGAAUGGUGGAGUACUCUAACGGUCAAUGUUAUAGGUCCAGGAGACUAUGGUGUUUACACUUGCGUUGCCGGAAACCUAAUGGGACAUGACUUCAUUACGUUUAGCAUUGUCAGAAGAAGUGUUCCAGAUCCUCCAGAAGCACUGGAAGCGCUUAACGUGUCCCAUAACGGAGCCGUGUUAAGAUGGUCUCCUGGCUUUGAUGGGGGACUUACCCAAUCCUUUCAACUUCGGAUUCGUAAAAAUCAAGCCAUGCCUGUUGCAUUUGUCCACAUCCCUAUGAACUCCACUUCUUAUAUGCUAAGCGGUCUCGAACAGGGAACGUCAUAUGAAGUGUCUGCUGCCGCGAAGAAUGCUUUGGGAGAGAGUUCUUACACUGCGCCUAUAAUACUGAGGACUAGAAGCCUACCAGUUAUGGAUUCCACCAUCUCCGGGCCUGUAUCCAGUGAUAGCUCGUCAGUGGAGUUCUUGCCAGCAUGGCUUUUUGCUGCCGCAGUCAUUGGCGGCCUAGUUGUCAUGGCCAAUGUAUUAGUCUGUAUUAUUUGCAUCCGAAGGAAAAGGUGGUGCCGCAGUCCUCAAGAAGGCCCUACUACUGAUGACAACGUGCCAAGAGAGAAGAAGUUGCCGUCUGAAGAUCAUUCUCCAUUUUAUUUAAGCAGAACCUCUAUUGACAUACCGGAUGAUGAAUUAGACGUGGAUAGCUUGAAAAAAACACCUAUUAAGCUACAUCAGGUAUACAGAGAUUCCAGUGAAGAAGGGCAAUCCUCAGGAAGACGAUGUGACUGUGGAGGAAUGCAAUGGAGCAGCAGUUUAAUUUGCGGCGGAAGAUCUCCAAGCGAAGAAAAUUCAGGAAACCAGCACGAGCACUGUCCAGACAUUCUGAAGAGAGAUAACUGCCACUGCCAUACUGCUGUGCCUGCUGGAAAGAGAGUUUCAGAAACGGAUGUGGAAAUGUCACCAACUUUAGGAGCAGUUAUUUAUGGAAAGAGAGAAAUACCUAAUUUAUCAUCGGAUGCCCAAGAAUCAAAGGAUUUUCCUAGCCCUCCUCACAUUACGCUAACCACGUUCCACUCGAAGUCUGAACUCCCUAUUCGACAUACCAUCAUUGGCCCUAAACUGGAAACUGUCAUAAAUGGCUAUGAUGAAGACAGCUGAAACCUGUUGCGCCCUCUCCAUAUGUGUCUUUAAUGUACUGCUCACUGCUAUAUGAAUAUCACUGUGUGCUUUUGACAUUUCGUGUCAGUAAUCAUGAUGAACCAUGAGUCAGAAGCUUUUUAAAUGCAGGAAGGUCAUGCUCACAGUCGUUUGAAAAAGAAAUGUGUUAGUGAAUUGAAACUGCAUUGAGUUUCGAAACAUGGUUCAGUGGAUUGUCUUCUUAAUUUAAUGGUUGUUUUUAAUAAUAAAGUAUUUUGUAAAAUGCGAAGCGUGAAAUCUAAGGCAUUGCACUCAGGACAUUCGCAUCGAUUUCUCUGCAAUAGUUGAAUAAAAUGGAGUUAAAUUUAAUAAGAAUAUCAAGUAACUGGGCCUGUUUAUAGCAUCAAAAACCCAUUCAAAUAAAUUUUGCAUUCCUCGAGGAUUUGCAUACCUGCUCUUCUUCCCAGUUGUAGAACAAUUUGCAUGUGAUUUUAACUUAUGAUUUUAGAAUGGAAUUUAGAGUUCUUUCAAGUAUCAGAGCAGUCGCCGAAGAUUUCCUGACAUUUAUGCUUGCCACUGAUUACUCACCCACGUAUUUUAAGAUCAUGUGUGUUGUGUUUGAAUAUAUUAAUGAUCCAUAAUAACGUAUUAUUAAAAAUAACAGUAAUUUUCUACAGUUGAUAUAAAAUAAUAAAAUGGCUGUUUUUUAACCUGUGAAUUGAAUCGGCAGUUAUGUCCGUUGCUCCGAAGCAUUCGUAAACAUUUUGGAAGGUAAACAUACACUCUGACAGCAAAGACACCCCCGACUAAAAUAAUCUUAUACCUUCCAAAGUAACGUCUCUCGAGUGAUAAUAUGCUCACAUCAAACGAUAGUAGUGAUCAGUCUCAUACAUUUGCUAUGAAAAUAUCAGAAUUUUUUAUGUAGGAAAAUUUAUUAGAAAUAUUAACGAAGCAUUUUGAUGGAGUUUCUCAAGAAAGCCAUUUUGAAAACUCAGAUGCUUCCUUACAAAUUGGUGCUUUUUUAUGACUACGAUGUUGGGCUUAAUUUCAAGUUACUAGGUAUGGAUGCAUGUCAUUUUUUGUGAGACCAGGAAUAAACCCACAUACGGAGAAAUAGAAUAACUGCAUUCCUCAUGUUGAAAAGUUGCGCAAGCAAAUUGGCAUUAAGUGACUGGUAUUAUAGCUGGUAAUUCUCAGAUUAUUUGUGAACUGAACUGUUCGUUUUGAUUCACGUGUUACAACUACACUGAAAAUGUAACUGAUAGAUACUUGAUGUUAUAUUAACUCAAACAGUAUGUUUCAUAAUUAUUAUGUAAUGGUUUUUAUGUCUAUCAAAGUAAUUUCAUAUUUAUUGUUUCAGAAUUCUUUUCUUUGUAAUAUUCAUCAACAUUAUCAAACUUUUACUCUAAGUGUUCCUGAAAAUAUUCUCUAUCCUUUACCAACACAUCAAUAAAAUUGGUAUAAGGCAUAUCACGGAAGUUAUUGGAUAUAGGAUUAAUAGAACAUUAUCAAAACAAUUAACUCAUAGUGUGUCAUGGCAUGCAAAAUGUUUUAAUCAAAAUUUUAAAACGUAAAUUAAAUCCAAUAAAUCAUUAAAAAAUAAGUACGUCUCUCAAAAAAAAAAAAAAAAAAAAAAAAAAA